AUGGCAUCCGCAUACCCAAACUUCGGGCCACUCUACGCAAUCCUCCAUUUGGAUUGGGGGUCUGCCCUGAUAGGCGCCGUCCAAGAGACUCCAGAAGAACAAGCCCUGAUCACAAACUACACGCGCUGGAACAACGCGGUUCACCAGAAGAUCCCUCGUCCAGUGACUAUCUUCACCACGCUCGCCUUCAGUCAGGGACAACCCGAGGUGAAGACCAACACGCCAUUCGCUAACCUCAUCGCACCCUUCGGCGCCUUCGAGACUGGCACCCCCGAGGUGCAGAUCGACAGUCGGUUCACGCUAGAUGAGAAGGAUCUAGUAUUUCCUAAGAAGAGAUGGUCCGCAACCACGGGCAAUGCGCUGGAGCACACCUUGAAGUCACAGAAGAUCAACACAGUGGUGAUUGUGAGUGAUCUCGAGCCACCAUUCGGUCGGUUGUUUGACUUGGAUUACCGUAUUUAUGUGAUUGCUGAUAACGUGCUGGACUUGCCGGUGCACCAGAAUGCCGAGUUCAAGAAGGUCAUAAUCGACAGUCUGCUGCCCAAGAUGAACCUCGACGUCAUUUCCCUUGAGGAGGCCCUUCAAGCCCUGGAGCAAAGCGCUUAG